GCGAAUAUUCUAGACCAAAGCAACCAAAAAUAACUGUAAUAUAUUAAAGGCAAAAAUGGAACAAUGUUAUAACAGAGGUUGCGGCCAACUUUUUGAUCCAGCCACCAAUACUGAUGAAUCUUGCCGGCAUCAUCCGGGUGCGCCAUUCUUCCACGAUGCCUACAAAGGCUGGUCAUGUUGCAGUAAAAAGUCGGUGGACUUCACAGAAUUCCUCAAUAUCAAAGGCUGCACUUUGGCGAAACAUUCAAACAUUAAGCCCCCCGAACCAGAGAAGCCAGCCAAGGAUGACAAGGAUGAGGAUAAGACUAUGGAAAUUGAAGUGCGAGCUCCUAUUAGGGAAUCUCUGCCUAGGCCAGCUAUUGAAACGCCAUUUACUGUGCUGGAGCCAAAAGUAGCGCCUGCAUUGAAGGACACCAUUGAUGCUUUAAAAGUCAGCACUGUUGCCGCGCCAGCUGCAAGUUCAGGCAGCGAAGGGAAUGUUGCUGUGGGAACGAGCUGCAAAAACAAUGGCUGCACUUACUCCUACACGAACACAAGCAGCGACUUUGGCGAGUGCACUUAUCAUCCUGGCGUUCCCAUAUUCCAUGAGGGCAUGAAAUUUUGGUCAUGCUGUCAGAAACGUACCUCCGAUUUUGCGCAGUUCAUGGCCCAGAAAGGAUGUGUUUACGGUCAACAUAAAUUUGUUAAAGACGACGAAGACAAACAGGUCGUUCAAUGCCGAUACGAUUGGCAUCAGACGGCUACGAAUGUUGUUGUCGCAGUCUAUGCCAAAAAAUAUCAUUACGCACAAAGCGUCGUUGAAGUGAAUCCAAUUCGCCUGCACGUAAUGCUGGUCUUUCCAGAACAGGAGAAUGCCAAGUUCGAGUUGGACCUAGAACUGCGUGGUAUAAUCAAUGUACAAACAGCUUCUGUGCAAAUGUUUGGCACUAAGGUGGAGAUUACGUUGCCAAAACUAGAACCAGGAUCAUGGCCAAAACUUAAUUUGCCACGUGAUGUGCUGCCAGCAGUAAAGAAAGAUGCUGCCCAAAUUAACCCAAAUGCAGAGCAAAACGAUGACAGUGACGAAGAGUUUUUCGACUUGGACGACAUUCAAAAUGUUCAAAGCUACGGACUUAAAUUAUCCGAAAUGAGUUUGCAAAAUCCGAACGGAUUAGAUUGAUAACACGCUAGCAUUUUA